AUGGGUUCUGUUGAAUAUCAUCUGAAGGAUGGUUGGAAGCGAGUGGAGGUAACAAGAAAAAAUGGGGUGUAUGCUGGUAAAGCUGACAUCUAUAUUUUUUCACCCGAUGGAAAUAAAUUUCGAUCUAAGAAAGAAUUAGUUAACUAUCUUGCAGCAAAUAAUUUACCUUACAAGGCUGAGGAUUUGUUUACAGCUACCGAUUCAGGGACAGCAAACAACAGGACCAUGGCUUUGCCAUCAAACUAA